AUGACUGAGCAAAAUAGUGAAAUCCCCACGCGAUUCAGGGUGCUUCGACUGCUCGUUCAGCACGUGACGCGUUAUCGUCAUCAAAUCCGUCCGGUGAGCGUCCGCCGCGUGAUCCAUCGCCACCAAAUCCUCUUCGUACAAGUACAACACAGAAUUUUCUUGGGUGACACGUGUGGUGGCCAUGGCAAGGAGGCAAGAUCUUCUUCAAUUUAUCAAUCAGGCCCUUCAACUCCUCAAAUCUCCCCAACUCCCCCACCUCCCCUAAAACCCUCUCCAUCAUCAACACAACUCUCUCACUCACAACCCUUCCCCUCUCCAACAUCUGCUUACAGCAUAAAAACGCUUCUUCGACUCUCCCACAAGCACAAAGCCCCGUCACCAAAAGCUCCAGCGCAUGUCCAUGCGGGCACUGCCCUUUCCCCACCAAAUAACGCCACAAAUCCAAACCCAAAUCGACCCUCCGAUUUUCGCACAAAAACUUCAUCAGCAUAA